UCAUACGAAAAUUCACCCUUCUAUGAGUGUGGUUUUUGCGGGGGGUUAAGUCGUUUCACGUGUUGUGUUGUAAUAUAUUAGGAAGAACAAGAAUACAAUUUAAAAAUGGCUAUGUAUAAUUUCAAGAAAAUAAUGGUGGUUCCACCAGCAAAGGACUUCAUUGACAUAAUCCUGUCGAAGACGCAACGAAAGACCCCGACGGUAGUACACAAGCACUACAAGAUAACCAGGAUACGGCAGUUCUACAUGCGCAAAGUGCGCUACACUCAGCAGAACUUCCACGAUCGACUGUCGCAGAUCAUACAAGACUUUCCCAAACUGGACGACAUCCACCCGUUCUACGCUGACUUGAUGAACGUCCUGUACGACAAGGACCACUACAAGCUGGCCCUGGGACAGCUCAACACCGCUCGCCACCUCGUCGACAAUGUGGGGAAGGACUACCUGAGGCUGCUGAAGUUCGGGGACUCGCUGUACCGCUGCAAGCAGCUGAAGAGGGCGGCACUGGGGAGGAUGGCGACGAUAAUGAAGCGCCAGGGUCCCAACCUGCAGUACUUGGAGCAGGUGCGCCAACAUCUCGCCCGCCUGCCGUCCAUCGACCCGUACACCCGCACCAUCAUCAUCUGUGGCUUCCCCAACGUCGGCAAGUCCAGCUUCAUCAACAAGAUCACGCGCGCGGACGUGGAGGUGCAGCCCUACGCCUUCACCACCAAGUCGCUGUACGUGGGCCACACGGACUACAAGUACCUGCGCUGGCAGGUGGUGGACACCCCUGGCAUCCUGGACCACCCGCUGGAGGACCGCAACGUGAUCGAGAUGCAGGCGGUGACGGCGCUGGCGCACCUGCGCGCCGCCGUGCUCUACGUCAUGGACCCGUCGGAGCAGUGCGGCCACUCGCUGGACCAGCAGGUGAAGCUGUUUGAGAGCAUCAAGCCGCUGUUCGCCAACAAGCCGCUGCUGGCGGUGCUGAACAAGUGCGACGUGACGAGGUUGGCGGACUUGCCGCCGGAGAAGAGGGCGGAGCUGGCGGUGCUGGAGGGCAGCGUCCCCCUGCUGGAGAUGAGCACCGUCACCGAGGAGGGCGUCAUCGAGGUCAAGAACGAGGCCUGCGAGCAGCUGCUGUCGUUCCGCGUGGACAUGAAGAUGAAGACGAGGAAGGUGGAGGGGGUGCUGAACCGCCUGCAUGUCGCGAUGCCCGCCCCGAGGGACGGCAAGGAGCGGCCCCCCUGCAUCCCAGAGGCGGUGCUGAGGCGCAAGCGGGCGGCGGGCGCCGGCCCGGGGCGCCGGCUGGAGCGGGACAUAGAGCUGGAGCAGGGCGACGACUACGUGCUGGACCUCAAGAAGAACUACGACCUGCCGGAGGACCAGAGGCACGACGUGCUGCCCGAGAUCUGGGAGGGCCACAACCUGGCCGACUACAUCGACCCCGACAUCUACCAGAAACUGGAGGAGCUGGAGCGGGAGGAGGAGCAGCGCGAGGCGGCCGGGCUCUACGUCGUGCCCAAGAUAGAGAUGGACGAGACACUGCGGGAGAUCCGCCGGCUGGCGCAGCAGAUCCGCGACAAGAAGUCCAUCAUGCGGCAGGAGGCGGCCGUCACCAAGCACAGCACCAAGCCCGUGGUGGCGCGCACCACGCCCGCACGCGGCCGCGAGCGCAGCGCCUCGCGCCUGCGCUCCGAGAUGGAGGGCCUGGGCGUGGACAUGUCCGGCACCGAGCAGGCCCACUUCACGCGAAGCAGGUCGCGCUCGCGCUCGCAGUCGCAGCCGCCGCUCAAGCGCAUGCGGGUGGACUCGCUGGGCCAGUCGCGCAGCAUGUCGCGCCCGCCGCGGGACGAGAUGGGCGUCAAGAACGCCGAGAUGAAGGCCAAGUUGAAUAAAAUAGCAGCGAAGGCCAUAAGGAAGAAGGUUGUGAAGAAGGGAUUGAAGGGAGAAGCGGACAGGUUCAUAGGAAACAAAAUGCCAAAGCAUUUGUUUUCUGGGAAGCGUGGAAUUGGAAAAACAGAUCGCAGAUAAUUUGUUUUGUGUUUUUACAAUGUUAAAAUUAAAAUUAAAGCAUAUAUUAUUUGUUAA